GCAAGGCACAGGACUCCAACUCCGCAAUAUCCUGAAUCUAAGGAGCAGCAGCAGCCGCCAUGGCAACCACCCUAACAAUGGCCAGGCUUCUCUCUUCCGCCAAAUCCCUUUCUUUCUCUUCUUCCGCAUCUGCCCUUUUCCCACCCGCUUCCCUCUCCCUCAAACUCCGCCACCCUAAGCCCCUCAGAUUCUCCACCGCCAUCUCCGCUACCAUCGCCGUCGGUGACAAGCUCCCAGAAUCCACCUUCUCCUACUUCGACUCCGCCGGCGAGCUCCAGACCACCACCGUCUCCGACCUCACCAAGGGCAAGAAAGCCAUCCUCUUUGCCGUCCCCGGCGCCUUCACCCCCACUUGCUCCCAGAAACACCUCCCCGGCUUCGUUGAAAAGUCCGGCGAGCUCAAGUCAAAAGGGGUCGAAACCAUCGCCUGCAUCUCCGUCAACGACGCCUUCGUCAUGAAGGCUUGGAAGGCCGACUUGAAGAUCGAGGACCAAGUGCUCCUGUUGUCGGAUGGAAAUGGGGACUUCACCAAAGCUAUUGGGUGCGAGCUCGAUCUCAGCGACAAGCCUGUGGGUCUGGGAGUGAGGUCGAGGCGUUACGCCAUGUUGGUGGACGAUGGAGUUGUCAAGGUCUUGAAUUUGGAGGAGGGCGGUGCGUUUACGUUCAGUGGCGCCGAGGAUAUCCUCAAACUUCUCUGAUUUGGUUACCAGUUGUUUCUCGGUUUUGUGAUUUCAGGUCUUGAAUUCACGUUGUUGGAUUGCUUUUGAUAAUAAAUUUUUCUGCAUUUCGGGCAAUGCUAAACCAUGGUUUUGAAAUCUCUCUGUCUUUCUUGAUCAAUUAAGCCUCAUAUGCUGACUGGGAAUGGGGAAAGUGUGGGUAAUUUUCAGUUCCGUUUGAUUAAUUCGUGGGGAUGCCGUAAUAAUCCCUUUAAAUUAGGCGUUGUCUUGUGCAAAUAUAUUGAUUUCUUGGUGCUGUCCUUUGGACAAGACAAGAAUUUAAGCAUGUGGAAUGCUGGUUGUUGGAUGAAUUGGGGCAUUUGGAGAAUAUUAGCUGUAGUUCUAUGUUCUUUGUUGGGUUGGGUGAGGUAGGUAGGCAACUUAAUUACUCACCCAGUGGUAGAAUAGGGUUUGAUUCACAAAUUUAUUUUGUAAAAUGAUUUAAUCAUCAGAGUGCUUUGCAAUAUUGAUUUCA